GCAUACCCCUAAUCGGGUAUCAUAUUCGUCGCAGAUGCUAGAACAAGGGAUCUUCUAUUUCUCCGUGCUCGAGGACUUAGUCAGGCUGUUAGUGUUAACUAACAACUCGAGCGAUUCAGUUGGCUACGAAGCAUCCAACCGGACCCGCAUCGUCGAAUCGGGUAUCACUUGCGAGGGCGAGAACGAGCUUAGUGCCUUCUCGAUAAGGAUUAUUUUGGGGGCCUGGGAUCAGGCCGUUCGAUACAUUUAAAUAUCGGUGCCUGGUCGCCAGCUCGUAUGUUCAGAAUAAGAUAUUCAUAAAGUGGUGGUCGCACUCGACUUCGUCAACGCCCGGCAACGCAACGUGUCCGGGUCUCUCUGAUCGCAGCCACCCUGCGCCUGUCAGAUUCUCACAUCCAUCAUUCCAACCAGGGCGCCACAACAUACGAGGCCGUACAAAAUAGGCGUCCCAUUACGAUUCCACACAUAUUAUAAAAGAACUCCCAAGGCCCGAGAUUGUUCAUCAAGCGACAUCGACGGUAUUCUCAGUCUCAAGAUACCCGAGUGAGACGGGUGGAUUCGUAUUCACAUUUGCCAAAUUUGGCCCCCCUCUCGAUCCUGUUUGGCAUCGUUCGAGAAGAGAUUGAGGAUUCUCCCGACCCUUCAAAAUGGGUGUCAUCAACGAUAAUCUCAGUGUGCUCUACCUGGGCGUGGCUGCUGCCAUCUACUUCCGGCCAGAAUAUGCCAUCUUCGGGUCAAGAGCUGGGACGAUGAUUCUAUCAUUCGCGAUCCUCACCGCAUGGAAAAUACUCUAUCAGCUCGCGUUAUAUCCUGCAUUUUUCACCCCGAUCAAGCAUAUUCGGGCACCGCCGGGCCGAACCUGGCUGAGGGGUAACACCGAGACGAUCUUUCUCGAGACUCCUUUCAAGCGAAUGCAAGAAUGGGCGGCGAAACUGCCAAAUGAUGGCCUCAUCCGAUUCUAUAUCGUCGGGAACAUAGAACGAGUUGUUCUCACCAGCCCCAAGGCACUUAGUGAACUGCUAGUGACAAAGGUGUAUGACUUUGAAAAGCCCAAGACGGUGCGACAAAGCUUGCGCCGUAUCGUUGGAGAUGGUAUCCUGCUGGCCGAGGGCGAUGAACACAAGAUUCAACGCAAGAACUUGAUGCCUGCAUUCGCAUAUCGCCACAUCAAAGAACUAUAUCCAAUCUUCUGGUCCAAGAGUGUUGAAAUGGUCAAGCUAAUCCAGCAGGAUCUGGAACGGCGACAAGCCUCCGGAGAUAAAGACAACACCAUCACUGUCCGCAACUGGGCAAGCCGCGCUACGCUGGACAUUAUCGGGGUGGCAGGCAUGGACCACGACUUCGACUCAUUGAGCGACCCCUCCAAUAAACUCAAUCGAUCAUACCAACAGAUCUUCCAGUCGCCCGGCAUCGGCACCAAGAUUCUGUUCAUCAUCGGAAUUCUAAUGGGAGAUGUCACUCUCCUCCAGAAGAUGCCGACGCAACGCAAUAAACGCAUAGACGAGGGCGGCCAAGUGAUCCGCGACGUUGCUCGACAGAUGAUCCGGCAGAAGAAGGAGAAAAUGAAGAAUUCCAGCUCGCAGACGGGUAUCGACAUUAUCUCUGUCGCAAUGCAUAGCGGCGUCAUGGACGAAGAGAACUUGGUCGAUCAAUUAAUGACGUUCCUCGGAGCGGGCCACGAAACCACUGCCACAGCGCUGCAAUGGGCCGUUUACGCACUAUGCAAAAACCCGGACGUACAGAUUAAGCUGCGCGAGGAGAUCCGCGCGAACCUCCCCUCGAUAUCCUCCGAUGAGGCUGGUAACAUUGAUGCUAUCACGAUCGACAACCUCCCCUAUCUCCACGCCGUCUGCAACGAAAUCCUCCGCUUCCACCCAUCCGUCCCCGGCACGAUCCGCACCGCAGUCAAGGAUACGUCUCUCGUCGGCCACGCCAUACCCAAGGGCACGACCCUCAUCAUCGCUCCCGAGGUUUUGAACCAUAUGGAGGAGCUAUGGGGACCAGACGCGGACAAGUUCAACCCGGACCGAUUCAUGGGCCCGGGAAAGGCGAACACGGGCGGUGCUAACAGCAACUACGCAUUCUUGACUUUCAUUCACGGUCCGCGCAGCUGUAUCGGUCAGGGCUUUGCUAAGGCCGAGCUGGCUUGUCUGGUCGCGGCUACCGUUGGUCGAUUCCAUAUGGAGUUGAAGUAUCCCGAUCGCCCGCUGGAGCUUCGAGAGGGGGCUACGGUAUCGCCCAAGGAUGGCGUGCUGGCUGUGUUUACUCCGUUAGAGGGAUGGUAGGGUGUCUUUGAUACUUGAUGAGUUUUUCUAUCUUGUUAUGAGAUUGACGGAUUUAUGUCAGUGCUGAUAGCACACCUCUCCGCUUCGAGCUUGGACAUAUAGCGCUGCGGCUGAUGAAUACGUCAUGUAUUGUAUACUCUCUCAAAUCACACAUAUCGAGUCACCCACAA